CACUGUCCAUUGUACUUUGCUGGCUGGGGUAAGGGAGGUAAGCUGAUCCUGUUCCAGUUAUCCCACUCUCAUUUUUUACUACAGGUGACUGAGCUGAAUACAUCAAAUUAAAAUUUGGCCAAAAACAUCCAAAUAUUAUUUUAUUUUUUUCAAAAGGGUCUUUCUAGACAUUAUUUGUAUUUUAUACUGCUCCUUUUUUCAAUGAUUUAUAAGUAUUAAAUAUAAUAAUACAUUAAUAAUUGAAUGUGUCUGUGAUAAAAAAACAGAACUCUUGAAAGAUUAGAAAAAAACAGUUGUAAUGUCUGGAGAAGAGUUGGUUGACGCUUUGCCAUAUAUUGAUCAAGGUUAUGAUGAACCGGGAGUUAGAGAAGCUGCAACUGCCAUGGUUGAAGAAGAAACUAGACGGUACAGACCAACAAAAAAUUAUCUAGAAAAUUUACCUGCAUUUCAAAUAAAUAUUUUUGAAACAGCAAUUGUUAAAAAUGAAUUUGAAAGAUUACAAAAUCGUUUUCCAAUGGAUGUUUUGAGUAUGAAACGAUAUGAAUUACCUCCACCUGUACCAGGAAAAAUGAGUGAUCUCAUAGCUUGGAAUGAAAGUGUAGAGAACAGUUUUGCGCAACUAGAACAUCAAGCUACACGAAUCAACAAUUUACAACUCAUGGUACUAUAUGGCUCUGAAAUGUGGAAAUCAUAUUUAAAUGUUUUGAUAAGAUUAAUUAAUAACUCUCAAAAACAAAUUCAAGAAUUAAGAAAGUUAAUACAAGAAAUUAAUUGGCAGCGAAAAGCAAAUCAAAUACAAGGAGGUCAAAAAUUAAAAGAAAUGGAAUCUCAAUGGGUUGGAUUAGUCUCUAAAAAUUAUGAAAUUGAACAAGCCUGUGUUUCAAUUUUAGAUAAAAUAAAGUACGAAAUAUUUUUGAAAAGUAACGUAACAAGAAUGAUCCAUGAAUAAUACUAAUUGUUACAAAAUUAACAUGUAUAUCAAUAAAUAUAUGGAACUAAAUUUGUAGAGUUAGGUAAAAUAUUUACAAAUAUUUUAAGUAGCUUGUAAAGUAUCAUUUAAAAAUCAGAUACACUUUUUUAGUUUGAUGAAUACCACAUUUAUUGCUAAAAUUUAUGUUAAUUUAUAAAGAAAGUAAAAAAGAUGUUCAAAAGCUUAAAAAAUUUCUCCUUGCAUUAAA